AUAUAUUUGUGUAUGGCUGGCCAGAAUGGGUGUUUUCUUGGUAUCGUAGAAAUAUGGUUUUCCAUUACUCCCCAUUUGGUGAGUUGAAUGGACGGAACAAGUGCCAUGCCAAUGGGAGCUCACAUGGAGUGGCUGUGCAUCUUGGUACUAAUGUGAUCAAUUGAAAUGAAUGCUGUGAUAUCAUUGAACCAUUUCUGUGAACUCCAUGGACCCAGUGUGUUAUUUUGUACACAGACCUUUCAUGAUACUGAAGAUGAUCCAUUGUAUAAUGCUGCUACAGAUGAAAGUAAACGCAAAAAGUUCUAUGGAAAAGUUAAUGUUCUCAACUCAGCUGCAGAUUCUCCUGCAAGCAAUUCUUGUGAGGCAUGCCAGUCAUUCAAUAUGCAAUAUCUUGGGUUCAUCAGCAAUGACCAUGAAAACCGUACAAGUUAUGUCAGCACACGCCAUCCGCUUCACCAUAGCAUCGCAACAUUAGUUCGUCAGGCUUGCAUCCGUAGUCUUAGUUGUGAGGUAAGCCCAGGGAAAGAAGGGCCUGUAUUCUUUGGGGAUGAGAUAAGAGGUCACAUUUUAAGUCAUACCUUUUUUCUGAAAGACGCACAAGCGAGGGGCUUUCAUCGAUGGUAUAGCCUAACAAUACUGAUGCGAGAUAAGUUAUUCCUACUGAAUUCGUGGCCAUUUCUUGUCAAGAACAUGAAGGCAAUUAUUGAAGAGAUGCAGGCCAAAGCAUGUAAGGUGUAUGAAUAUGAGCAGUCUCAGUGCCCACAACGCGCCCUCAGAUUGUCAGCAGACAGUUCAGUAUACAAACAACACUCAGCAAAUAAACCGUCUCGUUCUGUAGCUGAGCUCACCAGUGAUAACAACAUAUUUCCACAACUUCAUUGGUGGUUUACGUGGCUCCUUAAGUCCGGAACUAGUUAUAUGGUGGAACGUGCUAUUGAUGUUCUUCCAGUAAAGGAUCCAACACCUGCCUGGGAACAGCAGCAUGAGACAGAAGAAGGCUUCAUGUUAGUGACAGCAGCCACACCUCCACAGCCGUCCAGGAGAAAUGUGCCAGUUGAAAGAGCUGCACCUGCCUCAGCCCAGGAGGUAGACGAUGAGCUGAAUAAUGAUGAGAGCAAAUGUGUGUCAGAGCUGCGUGCCCUCCGAGAGGUCCUGGGCACGCAGUCAUUCCUGACACUUGCUUAUGCACUUAUGGUUGGCUACCAAGUUGUUGUUCGUGGCCAGCCACGCUCUCUCGUCAUAUCCCUUAUAAAGAAUCUUAAGGUCCUUGUGCCGCAGACAUGUUGCAGAGCUGUUCUUCACUCUGAGGAGUAUUUGGAUCCCACUCAUUGCAAUUUACUUGGCCUUGAUUCAUGGGUAGCAGCACCACAACCAAGUUAUACUGUAUUACGUGUGGACAUUCUCCCAACGAACCCGCCUCAGUACAAGCUGACCUGGGGAGGGACUCUGCCAAUGAAGUGCCCAACUGUGCUCAUAAAAAUUGAAAAGGCCCUGGAAAAUACAAAACUAAGUGACACUGUUGUCCAGUAUCAGCUAACAGCCUUGAAGGAGGAAUGGCUGAACAUAGCGAAGAUAACUAGCCAGGUGCACCACCUAGCAGCCCACACACAGGAUGUCACCAAUCUGAUGCAAGCACUGGGAGCGCAAGACCAUGACAGAAGUUUGUUAAACUUCUGGGCUACAGCUGUUUAGUUGCUUUUGAAACUAUACUGAACAAAGUAUAAAGAAGUGUAGUUAGAUCAUUGUGAUAUUGCACAUAAUGUAAAUAAUUCAGAAGAUUAUGUUUACUUUGUACAAAUGUUUGUUAUCAUCAUCACCAUUAAUAUCAUCAAUUUUUGCUAAUAUUACAUUACAUUACGUGUAAAAUGUAUAAUUGCCAUCACAAAUGACUUAAGAAGACGAAGUAGUUUUCUGUUAAUACCUUAUGAAGCUAAGAAACAUGGCAGAUUGCAAUAAUGUAUACGUGGAAAAUGGUAUGACACUAGACACACAUACAAUGUAAAAGUAUGUAAAUGACCAUUUAUUGAAGGGAAAUGUAUAUAAUUUAAUGACAUAAUCAAUAUAAAGUAAAAUUAUAUCUGAAGUUCUUAUGUUGGCUAA